AUGCCUCGGCUGGAGUUCCAGGCGCCGCCGGAUGUGUUCUACAACGAGUCGGAGGUCCCCAAGUACACCACCUCCUCCCGUAUCAUCGAAAUCCAGUCUAGGAUUUCCGAGAGGGCGCUGGAGCUGCUCGCUCUUCCCAACGAUGGCGUCCCCAAGCUGCUUCUCGACAUAGGAUGUGGUUCUGGGCUUAGUGGUGAGACAUUGAUGGAGCAUGGCCACCACUGGAUUGGCUAUGAUAUUUCAAAAUGUUGCCUUGCUCAUGUAAGAGUCCGCGUCACGGCGUGCAAUGAUUCUUACACAUCACAGAUUAGUAGUGCUACUUUUGUUCUUCCGAUGUGUGAAGACUUGCAGGUGGCAACACCCGACACGAGCAUAAGAAGAUGCCUGUUGAGAGCAAAAUGGGAAACCACGAGUUGUAAAAACAGGGUCAAUGAAUUAGCAAAAUGUACUCUUUUUAAGAUCAAUUGUACUAAAGCACAAUUGUUCGGAGUUCAGGUGCUAAUAGUUAGCAUAUUAAAACUAGCAAGAUGCAAACGGAAACUGGCCCCUAGGCCGCAACCGAUUGAUCAAGGGCUGGCGCGGCAAAGCCGCGCCAUUCUUUCUAGUGAACUGAUGAUUCUGAUCACCGAAUGGUUGGCGGGAUGA